AUGGCAACAAGGAAUAAACAAAAUUUGACACCUACGGAAAAGGCGCAGAUAGAGAUGGAGAAAGAUUUACCAGAUGAAGAGGAAAUCGUGAAUAUGAUAAAGGAAUGGCGAGUAAGAGAUAAAGAAGAAUCAGGCGAAAGCGAUGAUGAUCUUGGGUUUAAUAAAUUAGAAGAAUUAGCUAGUAAACCCUUGAAACAUGAUAAUGUAGCGACGGACGAGGUUGUCAAGAUCAUAAAAGAAUAUCGAUCAAACGAAAAAAUCAAGUACGUUCCUUAUCAUGCAUCGACAAAUGAGUCUGAAAAAAUUUUAACAUUAGGGAAUAAAUUGUCGGAAUUGGAAGAAAUUUUUGACAAAACUUCCAAUGAAAUGGAAUGGGAGAAUAUUAACUUAGAAGCAUUGCGCAUAGUGAGAGAAGAGAACGAUUUAGAUGCUUUGAACAUGAUAUUCAAAGAUUGGGCGAUGAAAAAGAACAAUUUUCUUUGGGAUGAGAAUCGUUUGACUGAUGAAAGAGAAAUUGGAGAGAAACACCCGAUUUUGGAGUCACCACCACCACAAAGUUCGAAGAAGAACGAGAGAGAGGAAGAGGAAGAAAAAGCAAGGAUAGGAAGAGGAAUGGAAGGAAUUUGA